GUUUUUCAUCCACACACGUGACGUGUAAAGAAAGGUUCGGUUGAAGAGAAUAUAGAAGCGUCAAGUCAUCAAGUGUUCGAUAAGAACUUAACCAUGGGAAAAGGCGGCGGUACAUUUGAAAGGCUGUUGGACAAAGCUACCAGUCAGCUGUUGCUGGAGACAGACUGGGAAUCCAUCCUGCAGAUCUGCGACCUCAUCCGCCAGGGAGACACGCAGGCUAAAUAUGCAAUCGCGGCCAUCAAGAAGAAGCUCAACGACAAAAAUCCGCACGUGGCAAUCUAUGGCCUAGAGGUUCUGGAGUCGGUGGUGAAGAACUGUGGCCAGACGAUCCAUGAUGAAGUGGCGAGUAAGCAGACAAUGGAGGAACUCAAGGAGCUGUUUAAGAAACAAACCGAGCCGAACGUCAGAAAUAAGAUCCUGUACCUGAUCCAGGCCUGGUCGCACGCCUUCCGCAACGAGCCCAAGUACAAAGUGGUUCAAGACACUUACCAAAUCAUGAAGGUGGAAGGUCAUGUUUUCCCGGAGUUUAAAGAGAGCGACGCCAUGUUUGCCGCAGAGAGGGCUCCUGAUUGGGUGGAUGCCGAGGAAUGCCACAGGUGCAGAGUUCAAUUUGGUGUGAUGACCCGAAAGCACCACUGCAGGGCAUGUGGGCAGAUCUUCUGUGGCAAAUGCUCCUCCAAAUACUCCACUAUCCCCAAGUUCGGCAUCGAGAAAGAGGUGCGAGUGUGUGAGCCUUGCUUCGAGCAACUUAACAACAGCCACCCCUCCCUCUCUCCUCCUUCCAGGAAAGCCGAAGGGAAGAGCGUCAGCAGCAGCAGCAGUAGCAGCGGCCAGACCGAGCUGCCCCCCGAGUACCUGACCAGCCCUCUGGCCCAGCAGUCUCAGGUAGGUGCUGUGGCUACGGAGGAUUGUGAUCUGGUUGAUCAGAUGCCUCCCAAGAGAGACGAGGCAGCGCUGCAAGAGGAAGAGGAGCUGCAGCUGGCCAUCGCUCUGUCUCAGAGUGAAGCUGAGGAGAAGGAGAGAGUGAGGCAGAAGAGCUCGUACCCCGUGUACCCCAAAGCCGAUCCGACUCCGGUGACCUCCUCCGCUCCACCCGUCAGCACUCUUUACACCUCUCCUGUGAACUCGUCUGCUCCUUCAGCUGAAGAAGUUGACCCUGAGCUGGCUCGUUAUCUGAAUAGGACUUACUGGGAGAAAAAGCAGGAAGAGGUCCGCAAGAGUCCCACCCCUUCUGCUCCUGCUCCUGUGCCAUUGGCUGAACCGAUGCCAAUCAGCCAGCCAGUGGAAAGCCACCCCCCUGUUCAGCCCAUCAACAUAGUAGAGCAGCAAUACCAGAACGGAGAAUCGGAGGAGAACCACGAGCAGUUCCUCAAAGCUCUGCAGAACGCCGUCACUACCUUCUUGAACCGGGUGAAAAGCAACCACAUGCGUGGUCGCAGUAUCACCAACGACAGCGCCGUGCUCUCCCUCUUCCAGUCCAUCAACAACAUGCACCCACAGCUGCUGGAGCUCCUCAACCAGCUUGACGAGAAGAGACUGUACUACGAGGGGCUACAGGAUAAGCUGGCGCAGGUUCGGGAUGCACGGGCUGCUCUGAACGCUCUGAGAGACGAACACCGCGAGAAACUGCGCCAUGCCGCCGAGGAGGCCGAAAGACAGCGGCAGAUCCAGCUCGCCCAGAAACUAGAGAUCAUGAGGCAGAAGAAACAAGAAUAUCUGGAGAUGCAGCGACAGCUGGCUAUUCAGCGUCUGCAGGAGCAGGAGAAGGAGCGACAGAUGCGUCUGGAGCAGCAGAAACACACCAUCCAGAUGCGUGCUCAGAUGCCUGCCUUUUCCCUGCCCUACGCCCAGAUGCAGUCACUGCCGCCUAACGUGGCAGGAGGGGUGGUGUAUCAACCUGCUGGCCCCCCCAGUUACCCCGGCACCUUCAGCCCGGCUGGAUCAGUGGAGGGCUCUCCUAUGCACGGGGUCUACAUGAACCAACCCGGGCAGCCCGGGGGCGGACCCUACCAGGCCAUGCCAGUGUCAGCUACAGAUCCCAACAUGGUGAACGCGUACAUGUAUCAGACAGCAGGUAGCGGUGGGCAACCCGCUGCCCCUGGUCAGGCUCCGCCUCUUAAUACCAGUCCUCCAUACACUAACUACCAGCCCACACCGACACAGGGCUACCAGCAAAAUGUGCCGUCUCAAGCUCAGAGUUUGCCCCCGAUGUCCCAAGCUGCCCCGACCAACGGCAUGGCCUACAUGGGCUACCAGCCGUACAACAUGCAGAACAUGAUCUCCGCACAUCCUGGACAGGACCCCAACAUGCCUGCUCAGCAGCAGUACAUACCUGGCCAACAACCCAUGUACCAACAGAUGGCGCCCCCUGGUGGUCCUCAGCAGCAGCCCCAGCAGCCCCCUGCAGGCAGUGCAGAGGCUCAACUCAUCUCCUUUGACUAAACCUCCAUACUCUUGCCUGAUCCUUUACACUACAGUCAGAGCUCUGCUCUUUUCUCUCCUGUGUCCCUGCCCCACCCUCCACACACACACACACACACACACACACACACACACACACAGAGUAAGUCAGUCCACUUGCAAUUUUUCCGUGACCAUCUAUUAAUGAAAAUAUGAAUCUCUCUCUCUCUCACUGCUUUAUUCAGAGAGGAGGCUAGAAAUGGUUCUGCGAAACCUCUCCAAAUGUAUGUAGUGUUUCCUUAUGAAACGCCUCUUAACUGGUCAUCUGUAUCCUUGAAUAUCGACAGAACAUGUAUCAAAGAAACAGCGAAUAAGACGUGACCAUCUCGUAUUUUUAUAAAGUCGAUCUGCAUGUGUUCAGUCGUCCGUCCGUGAUGAAGGUGUUUUCAUUUUAUUCAAGAAGCUUUACAAAGCAGGAUCAAAUCCAAGAACUGCAGCUUAUCUUAGAUCGGAUUUCUCACUCCGUCAUCGAUACGAUGUCCGAGCGCCGCCUCUCGCUCGUACGCUGACACGCAUCCCAACAUUCCAGAGCAGUGCUCACAACCAUCAUCAGAAUCAAAGUUUGAAAAGAUAUUAUUGGGUUUUUUUUUCCUCUCUGCAUUUAGAAUCAUCACUGAAUCCUAGCUAAUAACCGUCGCAGUCUCCGCUUUCGUAUAUUAGAUUAUAUCGAUGGGACGGUGCUGUAUAGGGUUGUUUUUUUUUUUUUGUUUUUUUUUUGUUUUUUUUUUUUCCUUUUGCAUUUCAUGCCGAUUUGUACAAAAUCAACUCGUGUGUGUUUUAAAAAGUAAAUAAAUAAACAAUUAAAGUUUUACUAGAUUUAACAUCUCGAGUCUAGGACACGACGACGAGUUGACAAUAAAAGAAAAUGUGAACGCCAGGACGUCCCGGAGAUGAAGGAAAUCCUGCGCUUUCUCAUCGGGUUCUACAGAUCAUUGCGAUUCAGUCGAAGGAUCUAUCGAAGUCGCUUGUACUGCAUGUCGUUACGUCCAUCGAGCAGUGAGCAGUUCUGUAACCCUUUAAUGACGUCUGUGGAAAGCUUCCUUCCAUCCUACUGAUCUGUAUGACUCCAGGAAAGAGUUUAAAGAUUAUAUUUAAUAAAUAUCUCAUUCUUUUAUCGUGCA